AUGGCUCACGCAGGCACUCGCUUGGGCGGACACGCCUUCAACCACGGACCUUCAUCUGACGCCGAGCAAGAGUAUGAUCGACUACGAGACCUUGCGAGAAAGGAACAAGGCCAGCACCAGCACUACGCCGCCGAAGCACGAAAGGCUUAUGAGCGUGGAGAUGGAGGUCAGGCGCAUGAAGCGUCUCAGCAAAGCAAAAAGCAUGCUGCACAAGCAGACGCGUACAACAAGCAAGCAUCCGAGUUCAUCUUUCGUGAGAACAACGCUAUGGGCAAGGUUGCUGGAGACACCAUAGAUCUACACGGUCAAUUUGUCGAAGAGGCAGAAGAGAUAUUGGAGCAACGGAUACGAUAUGCGAAACAGACUGGACAAUCGCAUCUGCAUGUCAUCGUGGGAAAAGGUAACCACAGCCCCGAUCAUGUGCAGAAGAUCAAGCCGAGAGUCGAACAGGUCUGCCGCGAGCUGGGGCUUCAAUACCACACCGAGCACAACGAAGGCCGCAUGUACAUCGACCUUCAAGGCGGACAGGUCCACCAAAUGCCCUCAUACGACUACCAGCAACAUCAUCAACCACAGCACAACGAUUACGGCAAGCCUCACUACGAGACUGCGUACCCAAUGGGGAAUGCGCCCAACUACAGCUAUGCCCAAGCAGCUGGUGGUCACCACGGCGGCUACGAUGGCCAGCCACAGAUGCAGUAUGGAGGCCAGUCUGGAUACCCUGGACAGCCCCAGCAGCCUAUGCAAGUACAGGAGCCGCAGCAAAAGGAGAGCAAGUGCUGCGGACUUUGCGUGGUUAUGUAA